CGUAAUGCAUUCUGGGAUACCGAGGUCAUCGGUUCAGUUCUCGCUUGAGGGAAAAUCGCAAUCUGAUGAGGAUGAGAAUGGAGGAGAAUGAGCAUCACACGGCUACGUUUUGUUGAUCACUGCGGAUCUCAAACAGUAUCACACGAGUACGUCACCUUUUAGACAAGUAGUUCACAGCAGAGCAGCCACUACAUGUUUAUGGAGGCAAAGUGAAAGCCCAGGUAGGACCAGGGAAUACAGUCAUUUGUGGAUCACACUCUGGCGUACACAGAAGUGCUAAAUACAGCAUGGGUGCAGAGGAGCUAAUGUGACAGGUGAUGUCUUCCCAAGUGCUACCAUACCAGCAUCCAGGGGUUAUCUGCAGCUUGAUUUGGUGCAAGCUGCAGACCUGCUUGCAGUUAUAGCACACCAUGUCCUGCAGGCUUUGGCUUUGUUGAUAUUUUCAGAAGAUCCAUGUUUAUAGCAUUCCAAGAAUCAAACGUGAAGAAAAAGCAAGGAUAACAUUUUCCUUUUUUUAUUUUUACAAAAGAAAGGUUUGUGUCCAUAAACACCUCAGAAGACCUUUUGGAUAGUAAGCCUGCCAUAAUUUUUGUCUUUUUUUAUAGUCAGAUUGCUGAAGACCACUGCCUGUCAUGAGAUUCCGAAUUUACAAGAGGAAAGUGUUUAUACUGACUCUGGUGGUGCUGGCAUGUGCCUUUGCCUUUUGGAGCAGUGGAAAGCAGAAGAAGAGUGACAUGUUCACAAAAGAGAUUGAAGUUGCAAGAAACAACAGGGCGCAAGUCACCCCUGGGCACAGGAGACUUUUUAACGAAACACAGCCCGAGAAAGUUGCAAAACCAGAAGUGGACAAUAUGACUUUGGUUUACAGGGGGAUUGUUUUCCAGUUGAACUUUGACCAGACUAUCAGAAACGAGGAGAAGUUCAAGGCACGUCAGCAAGAUGAGCUGGUGGUGGUGGUCCAAGUCCACAACAGGCCUGAGUAUUUGAAAUUGCUUGUAGAGUCCCUUCGGAAGGCAAAGGGAAUAGAGAAUGUGUUGCUCAUAUUUAGUCAUGACUAUUGGUCACCAGAGAUUAACCAGGUGGUUGCCACUGUUGAUUAUUGCCAAGUCCUUCAGAUCUUCUUCCCCUUCAGCAUCCAACUUUACCCUCAAGAGUUUCCGGGGAACGACCCCAAAGACUGCCCCAGAGACAUUCCCAAGAAAGACGCCUUAAAGUUGGGCUGCAUUAAUGCAGAGUACCCGGAUUCCUUUGGCCAUUACAGAGAGGCCAAGUUCUCCCAAACUAAGCACCACUGGUGGUGGAAACUGCACUUUGUCUGGGAGAGAGUCAAAGCCUUAAAAGACCACAAGGGGCUGGUUCUCCUCAUUGAGGAGGACCACUUCUUGUCACCUGACUUCUACCAUGUCCUCAAGCUGAUGGAAUCUCUGAAGAGAGAUCAGUGCCCUGAAUGUGACAUCCUGUCUCUGGGGGCCUACAGCCACAAUGGCUUCAGCAGCAAGGCAAACAAGGUGGAGGUGAAGGCCUGGAAGUCCACAGAGCACAACAUGGGCAUGGCUAUGAGCAGGGAGUCCUACCAGAAGCUCAUCCAGUGCACAGACACCUUUUGCACCUAUGACGACUACAACUGGGACUGGUCGCUGCAACAUGUCACGGUCACCUGCUUGACUGAGUUUUGGAAGGUCAUGGUGAGCGAGGCACCACGCAUUUUCCAUGCCGGGGACUGUGGGAUGCAUCACAAGAAGGCCUGCAUGCCGUCCAGCCAGAGGACCAAAAUCGAGAGCAUCCUCCAGAGCAGCGCCGACCAGCUGUUUCCAGAGAGUUUGCUCAUUAACAAGAGGCUGCCUGCUGUUGGGGUGUCCCCUCACGUCAAGAACGGGGGCUGGGGGGACAUCAGGGACCAUGAACUCUGCAAGAGCUACCGCAGGUUACAGUGACAUUCUUGUCUCCUUCGCAUCCUUCUUCAAAGCCUUUAAAAUAUAUCUCUUUUUCUUCAUGGACCAUUAUUUUGCCUGUUGUUUUAUGGGACUGUCCCAAAAAAGUAAAUGGGGUCUGGGCUUACAUUGGAGUGUCUUUUAAUAACAUAAGUAAAACUUUCCUUGUGAAUGACUGCAGUGGUUGAGUGAAUUUUAUUAAGAAGCAUUUUUUUAAAUGAAUUUAAAUUGAAUCAUGUACUAAUACUCUUAGAUAUGGAGAAUGGUAUAAUAUUCCAGGGCUUUACAAAAUGCAGGACGUUUGGAAUGCAGUACAUUUAAAAAUCUGUGUUUUACAAAACACAGUUUUAUGAAAUAUGCUGUUUUGGUGUUCUGAUAAACAAAUGUUUGCCGCACAGGCUAAUAAUAAACAAUAGGAGCGAUUUAUGUUU